AUGGCCGAGAUGGUUCAACAGACCGAGCCACCACCACCACCGCCGCCGCCGCCGCCGCCGCCAUCAGCCAGCACCAGCGCCGCCACCACUACCACCAAGAAGCGCCGCCGCCCGCCGCUAUCCUGCGAGCAGUGCCGCAGGCGCAAAAUCAAGUGCGACCGCUCUUUUCCGUGCAACCACUGCAGCAAGUCCGGCGGCGCCGUGUCAUGCACGUACGCGCCCACGCACACGCCCAAAUCGCGCAGCAAAAAGCCGGCUCGCGCUGCCGCUGCCGCCGCUGCUGCUGCUCUUCCUCCCACGGCACAGUCAUCUUCUCCCUGCUCACCCUCCUCCCCGGGCCGGUCCGUGUCGCUUCGACCAGCGACCGCCGCACCGCCGCGUCUGAGGCCAACGGCGAGGGCCACCCAGAUUCACACGCCCGACUCGGAAGAGUUUCACCGCGGCAGCACCUGGCAGCCCCUCCGCCCGUCGUCGGCGAGCUACUCGACAGCAGCAGCAGCAGCAGUAGCGCCGCCCCCGGCGGGACGCCCGUUGUCGCCAGCGGUUAUUCAUGAGCAGGCGGGGGCGAAGCAGGCUCAUCGAGACGUGUCGAGGAGUAGUACGACGGUGGCGGCGGCGGCGGCGGCGGCAGCAGCGGCGGGCGGCGUCGAGGCCCAGCGGGGAGGAAAUGAGCGUCAUGCGCGGCGUCGCAGCGAAUACACGCCUCCGCCAAAGGGUAGCACUUCAAAAGGGCGGUAUUUUGGUCAAAGUCAUUGGAUGAAUAUUGCAGCAUCGUUUCCCGUCGAGCUUAGCAUGCUCAAGAACCAAGAACACACCCAAGGCGAGCUGUUUCAAGUCUUGCAUCAGUGCAAGAUUCUCUGCCAAAAGAUCAAGCACAGCCGUCUCCAGCCGCUGUCGUCGUUCAACAUUGGCAAAAACAUGCUGCCGCGCGAAAUGUGCGACGACCUCGUACACGCCUACACGAGCACCUACGAAGGCGUGCUGCGCGUGCUGCACCUCCCGACCUUUUGGAAAGAGUACGCCAGCUACUGGGAGGAGCCGUCGGCGGCCAACGAGGCGUUUGUGGUGCUGAUGCAGCUGUGCAUCGUGCUCGGCUCUUCGGUGCGGGACCGGACCGAGGCGCUGCGGGCGACGACGACGCGAUGGAUCUACGAGGCGCACAUGUGGCUGAUUCUGCCGCCGGAAAAGGGCCGCAUGACGCUGACGGGCAUACAAAUCAUGUGCCUGCUGACGCUGGCCAAGAUGACGUGCGGCGUGUCGUCGGACCUGACGUGGACCAUGGCCGGCUCGCUGCUGCGGACGGCCAUGUACAUGGGCCUGCACCGCGAUCCGAGCCACCUGAGCGAGAUGACGGUGUACAAGGCCGAGAUGCGGCGCCGUCUGUGGGCCACGAUUCUCGAGCUCAACCUGCAGUACUCGUUUGAGGCGGGCGGCAUGCCGCUCAUCUCGUGCGACGACUACGACACCCUGCCGCCGGCGGACCUAGACGACGACGCGCUCGACGACGACGCGGUGGAUGAUGUGAGAAGGCGCCGGACAUUUAGCGGCGUCGCGACGCAAAUGUCGGUGCCGCUCGAGGUCUUCAAGUCGUUUCCUGUCCGGCUCGGGCUUCUCCAGUACAUCAACGACUUUCGCGCGGGCAUCGACUACGAUAAGACGCUGCGCUUCAACGCGGAGCUGACAAGAGCCUGCCGCUCCUUUUCACAGACGAUUGGCGUCCUCACCAGACACCAAAACGGGGCGAUACGAGACCCGAGCGCGGCAAAGGCACCCGCCGCCGCCGCCGCCGCCGCCGCCGCUCCCAUCAUCAACACCUUUCACGUUUCGCUCGCCGAGGUGACUCUGUACCGGUGCUUCCACGCCCUCCACUUUCCCGUCUUGUUUACCGCCUUUGACGAUCCUCGCUUUUACUUUUCGCGCAAAAUGUGCCUCGACGGGGCCCUCAAAGUCGCCGACCUCUGGGGCUUCUCGCCGCAAUCAGUCCGACAGCGGCGCGCCGCCCCCACCCGCGACGUCGACAGUACGCUUUGCGCCGUCUCCGAGGACUUUGAGCGUCUCACGCUAUACGGCACCGGUCUCUUCAAGAACGUACCCGUGCAGGCGGCGUGCAUUAUCGCGCUAGAGCUCAUUCACGACCGCGGCGGCGGUGGCGGCGUUGGAGUCGGCGGCGGCGGAGGCGGCGGCGGCGGCGGCGGAGGUGCCCUGCGUCUCGGAGCAUCGUCGCUACCGACGGCGGCGGCCGGCUACGCGGACCUGCGGGCGUGUCUUGAUGCGGCGCUAGACUGGACGCUGCGACGCAUGCGGGCGGGCGAGGUGACGGCCAAGGGUCACUGCUUUCUGUCGGCGUGCGUCGCGCACACCGAGGCGCUCGAGCAAGGGCUCGGCAAGACGGCGACGGUGAAGCUGCUGGUUGAGCGCGCCACCGACGCGGCGCGCGUCGACCUUGCCCUGUUGCGGGACGUGGCACGCGACAGCGGCGUCCUCGUCGAGGAGCUACUUCCGCAGCAGCAGCAGCUGCUGCAGUAUGGCGCCGGCACCGACGGCGGCAUGUUUGAGGAUAAUGGCGCGGCUGUUGUCGAGGCUCUCGUCGCGGGCUGGGACAGCGGCGGCGGCGGCGGCGGCGGCUGGGCUUGGGACGAGACGGACGACUGGAUGUGGGGAGGCGCGUGGUCGCAGCUCAAUGUGCCGAUGCCGCUCGACGACGUGCAUCAGUUCUUUGAGACGCCGGUCGGCUACCCGCGGGGACGCAAUGCCGAUACGUAUCCGCCUGCUCACUCCUCAAACCUCCAAGACGGCAACGGCGGCGGCGGCGGCUGCACCACAACCUCGACCACGACGCAGACCAUGUCCCCGACGCCGCCGUACUGGCCGCAGUGCGAGUUUGACAGCACGCUCCGCACGUACCCGUCGACGGUGACGUCGACGACGUGGGUCGACUGUCACGAGUGCGAGCACCUGUUUGUCAAGACGAUUCCGCAGGUAUACUGUCAGAAUAUGCGCAUCACGGCCACGGCGUCGACGCGCGAGACGACGCCGUAUACAGAGCACGAGACUGUUUGUGUGCCGACGAUGACACCUGUGGCAUAA